GGUUCCAGUCCAUCCUUGUCAAUCCAGGAAACCACAUCUUACAUGUAUGCCAGACGAUGGAUUAUCAUCUCCCUCAUCAUAUCAACCACCAACACCUUGACUGUCGAGGAGAAGGAGACACCGAAGGAGGAGGGUGAGGAGGCCCUAGUGGAGAGGGUGAGGAGUGUGCUGAGGGUGAAGGCGGAGGAAUUCUUAGCAGCAUCGGGAAGAUCGUCCCUAUCACGAAAUGAAGAGGUGAGAAAGGGCAGUAAGACGCCAGCCAAGCCUCCUCCUCAGCGGGUCCCCUUGGCAGCUGCCCGACAGAAACGAUCCAAAAAAUGUCCUGGAAACCCUGGUAACUUUGGCUUCAACUCCUUCAAUCUGCUGACCUUCGCUCUUCAGGUGUUCAAUGGAGUCAUCAGCGUCCUCAACACCAUCAGCAACAACAAUAACAACGACAACAACAACAAUAACAACAAUAACGACAACAGCGGGAAUAACAUCAACUCGAACGUGAACGAGCAGAACGCAGAUGUGAACUCAAUGACAAGCCUCACUGUAGUGGUCGAACAGAAGCGAAGGAAACGCGAAAUUUGGAAAAGUGUGGAGAAUAUCCAUUGUUCACAACCUCACAGUGAAGAAAUGUCACAGGUCACUGAGGACAUAUACUCCGCAGUCUCUGAUAUGAUUCGCGUGUCCAAGAUCAGUGUGGAGUGUGUUAAGUAUGUUCUGUGUGGCUAUAUCCAGAGGACGUAUCGCCAACACGGCCUGGGAAGCAUUGACCAAAGGCUGCUGAGUGACGGGAGCUCAUUGCAAGAUAUUUAUACUGUCUCAAGGGACGGGAAUUGUUCUGCACUGUUUCCUGUAUGCACUGAAAUACAGAGUACAAGAAAUUGA